AUGGCUGGAAACACUGCAUAUCACCGCUUGCCUGAGGAUAACCGUCCAUCACUCGAUUCCACCGGAGAAGAUGAACGACUUCUCGAUCCGAGAGAUGACAACCGCGAUGACAAUCCAACAACUCCAAAGCAGAAACAGUUCAAAUACUGCUUUCACCCAACCCUAAUCUUCCGUUUCGUCUCUUUCGUCCUCUACCUCAGCGCAGCCAUCACAUUCCUGGUUUCCCACCGUUCUUCGGCUCUUCCCGCCAUUAUAUUCGGCUUUCUCGCCCUUGGAAGACAGGCUCUCGUAACCCUGCACCACCUCUUGACCCGAUUCAUCCGCGUGAGAAUUAGGAUCGAGCUUAGAGAAGGCCGGUCUUCAAUCAAUGCGAAGCCAAAGAAGAAGACACCUACUUGGCACCUCCCCGGAAUCAUUUCGGUGGCGAUCGAUUUGAUACUGGCGAUUGUGGUAAUUGCCACUACUGCCGCCGUCAAUCAUCAAUCCACGUGGUACUAUGGUGAUGUCUUGGGUGGGAAAAUUGUCGCUUUCAUUGCUGCUGCACUCCAUAUUAUCUCGGCCGCUGAUCUGGGCCAGCCAAGCAGACUCACCAUCUCUGGCAAGUUGACGUUUGACAAGAAGGACGAUGAUGACAAUGAGGAUGGCAAUCCCCCACAGCUACCGAUCUAUCGGGAUGUUGAAGCUACAGGCGCUGGCCAGGUUGGAGUUCAUAGCCGAAAGACUGGGGCUGAUUCUCCACCGGGUAUCAUCUAA